UAGAUUAAAAAAACAUAGGGAUCGCUUCACCGUUCGCUCCUCACUGUUCUUUCGUCUUCUCCGGCGAUUGUUUCCCUUUCCUCUCGAAUUCUCGUCUCCGUUAAGGCUUCCACAAGUUAACAUCAGAAAGUUAAUGCACUAAGUAUUGGGGGAAAGAGAUGAGCUUUACUCAGGCUAAUUGUUUUAGACCAUCCUACCACUCUCCUGUGACGACGAGGAUACCUAAAGCUAAUGGUGUCUCCACCAGUGUACCUGUUAGAGCAACUGCUUCGGUGUCUACUCUGUUUUCGCCUCUGUUAAGUCACCGGCGUAGUGGGAAAUGGAAGCAAAGUUCUGCUGUUUGCUUGUUUGGUGGUGGCAAGGAUAAGUCCAAUGGUGGCGGUGACGAGAUAUCACCAUGGAAAGCAAUAGAGAAAGCUAUGGGGAAGAAGUCAGUUGAAGAUAUGUUACGGGAGCAGAUUCAAAAGAAAGAUUUUUAUGAUACUGAAAGCGGCGGCGGCAACGUUCCUCCACGUGGAGGAGGAGGCGGUGGUGGUAACGGUGGAGAGCGUCCUGAAGGAUCAGGAGGAGAAGAAGACGGUGGUGUCGCUGGGAUUGCUGAAGAGACUCUGCAAGUGGUUUUAGCCACCUUAGGCUUCAUCUUUUUGUACACUUACAUUAUCAAUGGGGAGGAGUUGAUAAAACUUGCAAGAGAUUACUUUAGGUUUCUUUCGGGGAAACCUAAGACCGUUCGGUUGACACGAGCCUUGGAUGGUUGGAAUAGAUUCAUGGCGACGAUGUCGAAGCCCAAAGAGUAUGAUGAGUACUGGCUAGAGAAGGCGAUCAUCAACACGCCUACCUGGUACGACAGUCCCGAGAAGUACAAGCAAGUCCUCAAGGCUUAUGUCGACUCAAAGACUGAUGAACAGUUCGAUUAAACCCCUUGUCAGUUUCACUUUUGUUUACUCAGUACCUAUUCACAAUCACAAUUGAGGUUUUCUUUGGUUUAUCGUAAGGCUUUUCAAAUAAAUGAUCCUGUUCUUGAA